AUGGAUACAAGCUGUAACACAUCGUCCUCUAGCCUCAAACCAGGCGAAUUCCCUCCACCAAUAAUCAUUCCUCCUCUAUCCUCACAUAAACUCACCAUCAUCAUCCUCCAUGGCCGUGGCUUCAACGCUGAGAAAUUCCACUCUCCCCUUCUCACAACACCCUCAACAACUCCAUCAAUAUCAUUCCAUGAAUCACUUCCCCAUGCGCGAUUCGUCUUCCCAACAGCACCUCUUGCUCGAGCAACCAAGUACCGUCGCUCACUGAUCCAUCAAUGGUAUGAAGGCACUGGCGACUGGGAGCCCGAGGCGCGCGGAGAUAUGCGUCCCAGCGUUGAACAUAUCCAUAAGAUUCUGAAAAAUGAGAUUGAGAUUCUGGGUGGCGAUGCUGGAAAGGUGGUACUUGUGGGUUUCAGUCAGGGCGGUGCUAUGGCGUUGGUGGGUUGGUUACUUUGGCAGGGACAAAGUCUAGGCGGCGUGGUUAUAAUGAGCGGAUUCAUGCCCCUGGCCGAAACUCUGGCUAAAGAAGACGAAGAUUUGUCUGACGAUGAGUUGUUUGAAAGGGAAGAUGAGCAGGAGAAUAAAACACCACUGCAACGGGCUAUUGACGAGCUUCGUGAAGAAGCAGAGCUUGACCCUGAGCCGCCAGCGGAUUCAUUUCCUUUCUUAAAAACUCCUGUACUCAUGGGCCAUGGAAGAAAAGAUAAAGACGUCGAGAUUUGUCAUGGUCAGAAAGCUGCCAUGUGUCUGGAACGUAUGGGUAUAGAUGUUGAGUUGAAGGUAUACUCUGACAUGGGACAUUGGUAUUGUCCUGAAGAGCUGGGAGAUAUAGCACAGUUUAUAUGUCAACGAUUAGAGAUGUAA